AUGACUAUUCCUCAAACAAGGAACUUUGGGCUUCCAUUCAUGAACCUUAUCAGAUUAAAAGGAAUUCCUAUCCUGCAGCAGCUUCAUUUAGAGGAGCAAUUGCUUCGAACCUCGUCUGAUAAUUGGUGCAUUAUGAAUGAUGGAACAAAGGAUCCUACUAUUGUAAUGGGUAUUUCAGGAAAACCUGCAGAGCUUCUUGAACUUGAUUUGGUGUUACGAGAUCAGAUUCCUGUCAUUAGAAGGUUUACCGGAGGUGGUACUGUUACUGUUGAUCACAACACCGUCUUUGUUACUUUCAUAUGCAACACGGAUGCGGUUGCUGGCCUGCAACCAUAUCCUCGACCUAUAAUGUCCUGGAGUAGCCUUUUAUACAGCAGAGUGUUUGAAGGACGAGGUGAUUUUCAACUUCGUGAAAAUGAUUAUGUAUUUGGUAACCGCAAAUUUGGUGGGAAUGCUCAAUCUAUUACUAAAACCCGGUGGAUCCACCACACUUCCUUUCUAUGGGACUAUGAGGUUAGGAACAUGGCAUACCUCAGACUUCCAAAACGAAUUCCUGAGUAUCGAUUGGCAAGGGACCAUUUGGAAUUCAUAUGCUGCCUCAAGGACUACAUCCCGAGAUCGGUUUUUCUUGACAAAACUGUGGAUGCACUUGGAACCCAAUUUUCCGUGAGAUCCGAGCAGUUGGAUGCCUUUGAAGCUACCUCAAACACAAAGUUUGUACCCUCAACUAGGCUGUUGACAAGGAAGGAAUUGGAGGAAGCAGCGUUUGGCUCUCAUGCUGAGAGCACUCUCUCUCAAUCAUUGUCAUUGAUGGGAAGGGUGAAGUUAAAGAUAAAGAAAUUGGAGAGCAGCGGUAACCGGCAGGUUACGUUUUCGAAAAGGAGAAAUGGAAUCUUGAAGAAAGCAAAGGAGUUAUCAAUACUUUGUGAUGUAGAUAUUGUCCUUCUCAUGUUUUCCCCGACUGGAAGGCCUACAUUACUCCAAGGGGAGCGCAGUAAUGUCGAAGAGAUUAUUUCAAAGUUUGCCCAAUUAACUCCACAGGAGAGGGCAAAGAGGAAAUUGGAGAGCCUUGAAGCACUGAAGAAAACUUUUAAGAAGUUAGACCAUGAUGUAAAUGUACAAGAAUUCAUGAGUUCAAGCACUCAGACAGUUCAGGAUCUGACUACUCAAGUAAGGGUAUUGCAAGCCCAACUUACAGAAAUACAUAAGAGACUGAGCUUUUGGUGUAACCCAGAUAAGGUUGACAAUCUUGAACAUCUAAGCCAGAUGGAAGACAUGCUUAAGGAAUCAAUCAACCGAACACGUCUACACAAGGAAAAUUUGGGAAAACAUCAACUAACGUCACUAAAUUGCACAAGCCAGUUUCAAAAUGGAAUGCCUUCAUCUUUAUUAGUGGGUGGUAUGCCAGAAGCUCAACCUUUAACUUGGCUUCUCAAUAAUGACAAUCAACACAUGAUAUUACCCAAUGAGUCAAACUAUCUGCCACAUAGAGAUGUAGAUGUGGAGUGCUCUACAAAUGCCUCAGUUUCACAAUAUACUAGUUACUUUGGCACUGGCGCUAGUACUAGCACUGGCAAACAAUCUGAGGUUGGUGAUCCAGUACAACUAGAUAAUAUGGGACAAAUUCCUAAUAUGGAAGGAGGUGGUGGCUUGAAUGAGUUUGACAUAAAUGCUUGUUUAAGUACAGAACCUGGCCAGCAAUAUGUUUAUCCAUCAUAUUGUAGUUCCAAUGUGGAUGAUAAGACAUUGAAGCCUGAGAUGGAAAUGAACUUACCUACAAAUCCAGUGGGUUAUCAAGUAAGUAGCGACUUUGAACUGCCUAGAUCAAUGUAUGACAAUGAGCAUCAUGCUUGGCUUUCUUCAACUGGGCCAAGCGGCAUUGCUGUGUACAAGGAGAAUACUUACCAGCAGCAACCAAACGUGGGAUUGUAG